AUGGCGUUGGACUAUCUUCACACCGGUGUUGGCACCCGACAUGGAGUCAUACAUCAUGAUGUCAAAAGCUCGAACAUUCUUCUAGAUGAAAAUUGGGCAGCUAAGAUUUCGGAUUUUGGGGAGCUGAGGCUUGCAGUGGACAUAUGCUAUGGCGACGAGAAAUGUAGUUUGGUAAGGUGGGCUCAAAAAUGUGUGAAAGAUCGAAAACUAAAUCAAAUGGUCGAUUCUAACAUCAGGGGAACAAUUUUUCCAAAAUGUUUAAGACGGUUUGCUCAAAUUGCAAAUCGUUGUUUACAUAGCGUUCCAAAAGAACGUCCCUCUAUGACAGAGGUCGUGGCCUCACUUCAAGUUUUGUUGGUAGUACAGAAGAAACAUGACGAUUCUGAGUAUCAGGCAAAAUGA